AUGGAUCGUCCAGGAUUUAGUUCACCUCCAUUUAAUGACAAAAAAAUUGUCUUGUCACCACCACCUAUUGAACCCAAACAGUUUUCGUUUCUUCAACAACAAAACGCUAGUGGGGCACCACCAAUAGGUUUUCAGGAGAGACAACAGAGUGUUGGGUAUAACCUUCAGCAUGAGUUUGAGACGUUAACCGCAGACUUGGAUUUGGAUUUGAGAAACAACAAGGAUAUGCAACAGAAUGUUGAUACGCCAUCCCAGGCGACUCAGGCUGGUAGUGUGGGUCGGGGAAUGUUGCCUUCGACUCUGCAGUAUGGAUUCGGCGAUUUAGGGACAGGAGGGUCACUUCAAAAUACACUUUUGACCGAUGCUGCGUUGUCGCCCAACUUGCCGACGGCAUCGUCGCAUAGUGCUCUUGGUUCGUUGUUGAAUAACAACGGUAAUGCCAAUUUCUUACCUCCGUUAGCGUCAAUUCCUAAUAGACCGCAAUCGGUAAAUGACUUUUCCAAUUUUUUUAAUCGCCAACAGCAACAGCAACAGGUGAUUGACCGCCAGCACCAGCAACAGGCUACAAACUUCUAUCUGGACUUGAUUGUGUUUUGUAACUGGAUUGAAACGUUGAAUCCUCGUGACAACAUUACCAUGAUUGAUUACUUGUGCAAUAAUUUACCCCUUGACAUUUUACUUACGUUCAAGUCAAAAUUGGAUAGUCAUUUGACCCAUUAUCAUAACCAGCUGGUUGCUAGUCAACCGCUCCAUCAACAGCAAAACCAGCCAGUUUCAUUUGGUGUUUUAUCGCCAUACCAGCAGCAACAGAACGAUAUUCUCACCGAGAUGGAAAACUUGAAUUUGGAUAAUUCUUUGAGCAAUGAUGCCGGUAUCUCUUCAAGCCAAAAGAGUGCUCCGACAUUACAACAGCCAAAGCCGAAGUUGAAUUCUGUUAGAAACCAGGGUCAACAUUUGUAUGCUGAACAACAGACCCAAAGACCUCGUUCUGCAGAUCCAAAUAUUCACAAACAUAGCCCUAACUAUGGCUUCCCCCAGCAGCAGUUCGAAAGGGCUAAGUCACCAACUUCCCACUUGUAUGAGAAGACAAACUUCUUACAGCUUGCGGCCGCCAAUUCGAAUUCUCCUUCUGUUAGCCAACAAAAAGGAGCCAACAAUUCAGACGAGUCUGUUGAUUUAUCCGCCCAUGCUGCAUUGAAAUUGGGUGCUUUGGCGACUAUUAACUCAAGAGUUGCAUUGGAUUCUAAUCGUAAGAGCCAUGUUCAUAGUGCUCACGGUCAUCAACAACCGCAUUCACAUUACUUUACCCAGCAAGGUGCUCUGCAACAUAGUCCUUUCCUGCCUGCAGCAGCUUACGAGGAGUCUAUUAACAGAACUGCAAAUUCGUCAUCGGUGCCAAUCUUGGCCCAACAUAACAAGUCACCCCCAGGUUUAACUAAAAGCAAGAAAUCAAACGAAGGUUUAGGGCAAGGAGCUAAUGCUUCUUCUGGAUCGCCUCAAACUACAUCGACCACUUCUAUGCCAGCCGAUAUUUCCAAUCCUGAUUUGUUGAACAACAUUCCUGCGUGGUUGAAGUUGCUUAGAUUGCAUAAAUAUACCGAUUGUUUGAAGGAUGUCUACUGGAAAGAUUUAAUUGAAUACGACGAUCCCCUGUUAGAAAAGAGAGGUGUGAAAGCAUUAGGAGCUAGAAGAAAAUUGUUGAAAGCUUUCGACGCGGUCAAGGAAAGUUUAUAG